AUGGACAUGCCGGCUUCACCUCGACGCCCCGGCUGUUACAAAGCCGCCAUGUGCCGUGGCAAGAAUGCGUUACCGAAUCCAGAAAGGCAGCAAGCGCAUUUAGAUCAUCCUCAGCACCUCGAGAAUUGCACCGACAGAAUUACUCUUGCGCGUAUUAAAGACCUGAAAGACGGGCACUCGGGCUGCUAUUCAGAACCAGAGAUGCUACCAUCUCUUCGUCGAGGGCCAACGGUCUGUCAGGCUCGCAUUGCCAAUUUGGUCUUUGCAGUCUCAUAUGGGAAUGCUUGGAUCGCUCUCUCGGAGACGCUUGCACUCCCUUUUGGGACAAGUUCUUAUAGUCCAGCCAACAAAGUGGACCUCGGGCUUGACCUCGGAGAACUGUGGGAUCUGAGGCCGUUCAUCAUAGGUGGCAUCGUUCAUGCAGUCGGACUGCGCUGCGGGUUCCCAAUCGAGAAAGGGGUUUGGACGUCGUUCCGGCGUUUCGGCAGCCAUGGUUUCGUCGGAGUAUUGCUGUCCCCAUCCUUUUUAAUAUUGACAGGAGCACGACUGAGAGACGCGACGGCUACCAUGGUUUUGUUGCUCAACCCUUUCAAUGGGCUCGCUGAUAACAAGUAUCAAAGAAACUAUGGGCCGCACCACACGCCAACAUCACUCCCGAUCAUUCACUCCUUCCAAAACCCCAGGACGCCGUGGAUCUCCGGGAAGUCGAUUUUGCACGGCGGCAUUGAAAAAAUCAAUGGCAGAGUUCGCAGCUGGUUCUCGACAGUGGGAAAGAUUUCGUUCCAUCGCCGCCAUGGCGAUAGCGAUGUAUUUAUUUCAUAUUAG